AUGGCCGCCGCCGCCGGCGAGGCUUCAAGCAAGCUCCUCCGCUUCCUCUACUUCGUCGGCGCCGGAGUCAUCUGCACCAAGGCCAUCAACACCUAUCGCGACUACGAGCACAAGAAGGAGUCCUCCGACGCCGUCGCCGCCGCCGAAUCGGCGUUGGCUGCUGCCGCGGCCGCCGAGCCCGCUCCUGCAACCGCCGCCGCGAAGCCCUGA